AGUCCAGGAGGAGCUGUUGUACUGUACAUGUCUCGUGAUGAAAAUAUUUCUCAUCUUCAUCGGUUCGAACUGAUCUCUGACGAAAGUGAAUGUUGUAGAAGAAAUACGAUUUUGAAGAAUUUAUAAUCGCUGAAAAAUGUUCCGAGUUUGUCUUCUAAUUCUCUUAGGUUUUAUUUGUUACUCUUUUGGUAAAGAAGAAUUGAUAAUUUUACAUAGUCCUUCAUCUGUAAAGUUUUCUGGAAAUGAACCAAUCCGCUCUUCUGUUAUUUCUGAUUUAUUCUCUGCAAGUAUUAGUUUCACACUGCCCAAGGAAGAUCAAUGGCCUGAUCUUGAACCUGUUAAUCCAUUCCACAGACCAGAAGCUUUAUUUAUAAUGCAAAUUAUUGGAUUUGAUAACAAUUUGGAUUUGAAUUUGGAUGGAAAUCAUUUUCUGUUGGAAAAUAUGGGAGAUGUUGAUGCUCAAUAUAACAUUUUAAAAUACAGAAUAAACAAUAGAUAUACAAGUAAGCCAGUUCUUGUACAGUUUGAAGCUGAUGAAAAUUUGCAUUCAUCUAUAUCUGAAUAUCAGUUGUUGUUAAAAGAUCUUCCUCCUAAUAAAGAAAAGCGUUUAAAAUGGAUAAAAUCUGAUACAGAACUAAACCAAGGUUUGAAAGAUGAAACAUUUAAUAUUUCUGUUCCAAAUGAUAUGCAGUUACUCAGAGAACUAGCAACAGUAAAAGCAUUGGUGAAUUGUAUAUCAAAGCAUAAAUCAUUAAUUGUGGAUGGAGUUCCAGAUAUUUAUUGGGUAAAGCUUUCAGGAUUGCAAAAUUUAAUAGAAGAGCAUGGUAUUGAUUCAUAUCAAGUUAAUGAAGCUGUAAGAUUGUUGAGACAAACAAUUUUAGAGGUAAGCUAAUAUUUUAAAAUAUAC